AUGUCGUGGGUAAAAUCAGUGGCAUGUACCGAGGAUGUCUUCGACGAAGAUGUGGAUGAUAUUAGUCUACAGAACAAAGAAUGGAAAUACAACAUGGAAAAACGCGCAAAGGAUGGUUACAGAGAUGGCAUUGAUGCCGGGAAAGAAGCGUCACUGCAGGUGGCUUUCAACGCGGGAUACAGAGAAGGAGCCACAAAAAUGAAAGCCGUCGGUCAGCUCAAAGGAAUCAUGAGUGCCGUGCAGUGCUGGUGUCGAGCUCAGGUGCCCGAAAGCCCAUCUUUGGCAUCUGUUACAGAUCUCCUCCAGAGACUUGAUAAACACGAGGAUAGAUUGGUGGAGGCCAUGAGGAAAGCCCAGGAAAGACCUCCACCUAGUGUGGCCGAGAUUGUAGAUGACAUGGAAGACCUAAAUGUCGAUCAAAGGGGCCGAGGUGAAGAAUCCGGUUCCUGUAACAAGGGGGCAGACUGUUGUGGGAAAGAUGGAGCAAUUGAUUGCUGCGGUGAUGGCAGAGACAUGAAUGAAGACUCAUCUAGGACUGUUUUACAGAGCGUGUUCUCUAUAGGAGACAGUUUUGAGAAGCUAUCGAAGUGCUGCUUGGACUUAGUCACAGAAUUGGGGUUACCUGAAGAGCUAAAAUGUCAUAUUCAGCAGAUAAUAGACGCGUGA